UAUAAAAAUGACAAAUAAGUUUAACAUUAUAUAUGUUUUAAUUUUUCUAACCUUACGAGUAUUAAAUACUGUUAAUGCUGAAACAUUUGCGGAAUGUGAUGGUGUUGAUGAAGAAACAUUUGUUGCAAGUUCAAGUAGCUGUAAUGCUUACAUCUAUUGCCUGGGUGAGGAGUCAAUGAUGGGUGAAUGCGCUGAAGAUGAAUAUUUUGAUGCAGAAUCGCAAGGCUGCGAUGACGCCAAUGUUGUGCCUUGUUUUCUAGAUGAAGAGGGUGACGAAGAAGAGGAAGAUGAGGAAGGUGAAGAAGAGGACGAAGAAGAAGAAGAACCAAUUACUACUACUACUGCAGCAACAACGACAACGACAACACCUGCCAAUCCAAUAGAAACAACAUUUGAUCCAUUGAGUAUACCACCUGUUAUAUUGGAUACAUGCCCAAAUGUGGAUGAUCCCAGUCAGAUUGUAUUAAUGGCAAGCAGUCAAUCAUGCUCAGAUUACUAUAUGUGUUACCAUGGACAUGCCAUUGAAAUGCAUUGUACAAAUCAUUUACAUUUCAAUGCGAAUACUGGGAAGUGUGAUUUCCCGGAAUAUGUACAAUGUGCGAUCAAUCGUCCAAAUGCCAAUAAAUGUUUACCUCACGUGACGGAUUUCUUUCCACAUCCGGAAAAAUGCAAUUAUUUUUAUUAUUGCAUUAAAGGAUUCUUAACAGUUCAGCAGUGUCCUUUCUACUAUGGAUGGGACAUUGAACGUCGUUCUUGCGUUCAAUUAUCGCAAGCAAAAUGCUAUAAUAACGCCAAAUAAAUUUUGAAAAAAUAAAACAAAUUUUAUCAUUCAUUGCCAUUUUUAUUAGUUAUCGUUUUUUUUUAUCUUUAAGAAGACAAUUUACAAUACAGUGUACAUAUCUCAUGUACUGACAAGCGACUUACCAGUUGGUACAUAACGUGACAUACAUAUAUACCAAUCACAUUUGUAUUGCAAUCAUUGUACCAAAACAUAUAUUAAGUAAUUUUUGUUGAUAAGGUAUUUUUACCAGAAUUUGUCAUUCCAAAACAAUUUGUAUUUCACAAUUCAUAUAUACAUAUAAAAUAUUAU